AUGACUAGAACCUUGAGUAUCACUAUCAAAGAAAAUAACUACCAAGAUUUAAAAAAGUUGAUUGGUUCUCGCCAAAUCAGUAAAUUUGUUAAUCAAGCCGUGGAAAAAGAAUUAGCACAAAAAAAGCAAGAAUUAAUUGUCGCUUAUCAAAGUGAAAUCUAUUUAGUUGACUUUAAUCGCCGGAAAGGUCAAGAAAUCCGCAAAAUAAGACCAGCCGUAGUGCUGAGUAAUGAUCUGCAAAAUCAGCAUGACCGCUAUUUAACGGUGGCUCCCAUUAGUAGCGACGAAAUGGAAGUAAUCCGCCCUUUUGAAGUACUGGUUCUUAAAACGAUUAGUAAUGGCUUAGACACUGAUAGCAAGAUAUUACUCAACCAGAUUCACAGUAUCGACCAUAAUGCCCGUUUACGAAAAUAUUGCGGACGAUUAGAGGAAAAGUUAAUUAAAGAGAUAGAAAAAGGAAUAAAAUUGGUUUUGGCUUUGGAGUAG